UGGGGAGAUCUUGGUGGAAGUCUCACCUCAAGUGGGCGUGUCCAGGUACGGUAUAUUACACACCAGACACACCUGAGCAGGCAGUGGCUGUUGACAUGGAAACCUCAAGGCAGAGAUGAUGCCCAUCUUUUAUCAGCGCCCACAUUUAAAUGUUUUGUUGUUGUUGAGCUCUCCUCUGCUAUCUUCAGACGGGUGUGUUGAGGACGAACUGUGUGGACUGUCUGGACCGUACUAACACCGCCCAGUUCAUGGUGGGGAAGUGUGCGCUGGCCUAUCAGCUCUAUGCUCUGGGCAUGAUUGACAAGCCCAAGCUACAGUUCGACACGGACUGUGUUAGGUAAAACUCUACUCUACUCUCGUCUCUGAGACUCACUUAAACAUUACUAAAAGAUGACAUAAGAACUUAAAAAAUUCAGUACAUGAAAUAUAACUUUGUUGUUGACAUCUCUAACCCUGUGGUGACCCCUGUGUGACCUUUGCCCCCCAUGCAGGCUGUUUGAGGAGCUGUAUGAAGACCAUGGGGACACCCUGUCUCUGCAGUACGGGGGCUCCCAGCUGGUCCACAGGGUGAAAACCUACCGAAAGAUAGCCCCCUGGACACAGCACUCCAAAGACAUCAUGCAGACCCUGUCCCGCUACUAUAGCAAUGCUUUCUCAGGUAGACUCAUGCACACACGCAUACACACACACAUGCUCGCAAGUACACAUGUACACACACGCACACGCACGCACAAACACACACACACACACGAUCUGUCAUAACAAAAAUACUUUUACCAUUGCAAAUUAUUUUCAGGUAUCCUGAUUCUAGGUAGUCUCCCUUGACAGCUCCUAGGUAUCGGUGUCUCCUAGGUAUCGGUGUCUCCUAGGUAUCGGUGUCUCCUAGGUAACGGUGUCUCCUAG